GGGGGCAGCAGAGGUUUCAUAGAUAGUUGAACAACGUGACAGCCUCACAUCCGGAGAGCAGAAAGCCAGAAAAAAAAAUGACAGCCAAAACAGUAAAAAAUACAGGAACUGAGCAAAGUGUGUUUGAGAGACAGAUAGCAAGAAGACAGUGCUAAAGAAUAGAUCACCAGAAGGUGACAGCAAGUGACAAGAGAGACAGAGAGACAGCUAGGACUAUUAGCUAACAACAGAAAAGUUUUAGACAGACAGGGGUUCUGUGUUGGUGAUGGCGAGCAGGACAGGCCGCGCAGAGACCAGGAGCCGAGCACGCGAUGACAUCAAGAAGGUGAUGACGGUGAUAGAGCGCGUCAGACGCUGGGAGAAGCGCUGGGUGACCGUGGGGGACACUUCACUUCGGAUAUAUAAGUGGGUGCCGAUUGUGGACCCUAGAGAUGAGGAAAGGCAGAGAGUCCAGACACCCACAGAGCGCCAGAAGGCGAGGGACAGGCGUAGAGCGCAGAAUCGCAGGAAAAGUCAAGCGCUCUUAAUGCUGGAAAUAAAUGAUGACAGUAAUAACAGCUCUUUAUCAGACACAUCUGGGGCGAGGGGUGAGGGAAGCGAAAGUCCGAGCCGAACCCCUGAACACAGACAGAACAUCAGCCCCUCUCCCCCAGCACAGCCAAAAGCAGAGGACUCCCAGCCCCCUCUGCUGGGGCAGGAAGGCAUGGGGGCUGCCCUGUCUAUUGUCGCUACUGAUGAACCUCCCAUGUUAACCAAAGAAGAGCCGGUUGCUGAAGUAGCCCCAUCCCAGGCUCCCUGUUCAGUUCCCAUGUUCCCUCGUUUAGCAGAGGAAGAUUCGCUAGACGCUCCACCGCUAAAGAGAUUCUGCGUGGACAGAUCUACAACAGGAAACUGAGACCUCCUUACAAACGGCUGCUGGUCUAUCUACAUUUCUCCCUUGUAUUGUGCUUUUAUAGCUCACGUUUACGUUGCACAAUACACAUAACUAAUAUUGUGUCACAACUGGCGCAACCAUAUUUUUUUUGCUUCUAAUUUUUAUAGUGCAAAAUUACAGGAAGUUUAAAACAUAUAAACAGAGUGGGCUGUUUAACAGCACAAACUUAAUUAUAGCUUUAUAUAAAAAUAUAUAAAUACAAUUAACCCUUUCGUGCCAGGGUUAACGUGUCUACAUCGGAACAACUGUUCCGAUGUAAACAAAUUGAAAUCUCGCAAUCAUGCAUGUGAUCACCAGAUUUCAAUGAUGAUAUCGCAUCAAGGGGCAUCCCUAUGAUGCUAGACAUGCCCUCUAGACCGAGAUCCCAUCAGGGAAGUGCCAGUGACUUCAGGAAAGCCAAGCGGUUUGGACAUUGUAUUCCGUCCUUCGGCACUAAAGCCCAGCAAAAUUCAGACGGAAUACAACGACCUAACGGCGUUAAAAGGUUAAAGAAGAGGCAAAAAUCAUAACAUGAUACACAUCAAAAAGCUUUCAAGAAAACAUGUGAUUGGUUUACAAGGCCCUUAAAGCUUGCAAGUGCCAAACAUUUACCCAGAGGAACUCAUUUAACAAAUAAAAACGUUAUCUCUAAUAUAAGAAUUUAUAUAGCUCUGAACAGUAACAUGGAUAAAAUAGAUAAUUGAUUGUUUAAUUGAGUGUGUUGCGUUUUAUCUGUUUUGGUCUCUGCCAUUGGCUUCUUAUCCCCCUGCAACACAUACUAAAAAGGACUCCCGUAGCACUUAAAUCUUUGCAUGGUCUUGGAUGGUUGUUAUCACAAGGCUUGAAUAUCUUGCCAUUGUGCCUUUGGAUGCUGCCAUUUUGUUGACAACUUGGAAGCCAUUUUGUUUUGAUCAGACAGUAUCUCCACACUGACAUUGUUGAAGUACUGGACUAUUUUGUUUUAGCUGAUCUUUGUCUGGAGUGGGUUUAAACUCGACUGCUGGACAUAUUUUUUGUUUAAAGGCUUUGGUGUAACAUAUAUUGAUAAAUAUUUUAAAAUUAAAUAUAUUUAUUUCACAGCAUAAAAAUGUCUUUUAUGCCAGAGUUGAAGUUAAAAGAAACAGGGAAAUAUCUGGUUUCAGCCGUUGCAAAGGACAUUUAAGGGACCUAAAGAAAUUCCAUUAUGUGUUAGAGCACUAAUUGCACUAUUGCUUAAAUAUUACUAGAAAAGAGAUUAAACACAUAGUUAAAGGGACAGUAUAACUGCAUGUUAUAGGCACUACUAUGAAGAAUAUGCACAGAUACUAAUAUAAAAAUCCAGUAUAAAACCUUUUAAAAACGUACUAGAAGCUCCCAAUUUAGCACUGUUGAUGUGGUUAGGCCGGGACACCCACUGAAAGGGGCUGAGAGCAGAACUUACCCCCUCCCCUCCAUAUGAAAAGACCCAUUAUACAAACAGAAGCAAUCUGAAGUCUGUAUACAACAGUCUACAUCUAAAACUUUAGGGCGUGUUUAAGAGUCUGGCAAUCAGCACAAUGUUAUUUAAGCAAAACUAUUGUAACAAAAACACUCCCAGGGGGGCUAUAUAAAUGAAUCAUAUACAAAACAUUUAUGAAAAGAAAAAUCUAGUGUAUAAUGUCCCUUUAAAGUCAGUUCAAAAGUAGCAAUGCACUACUGGGAGCUAGAUUAACAAAUCUCAUGAUCCUAUGACAAAUAGGCAAUCAGCAGUUAGCUCUCCAUAGGCAUUGCUGCUGCUAAGCCUACCUAGGUAUGCUCUUUGACAAAGGAUAUCAAGAGGACAAAGUACAUUUUAUAACAUAAUUUUCCAUGCUCUAUCUGAAUCAUGGAAGUUACAUUUUGAUUUUCAUACCCUCUAAACCUCUACGUACCCCUAAUACUACUAGAAGUCUGACUCUACCGUCUUACCCAAGAGCUCCCCUUUAGACAAACAGGUUUCAUAUUUGUAUGGGUGGCUGUGGAACACAGAGCUAAGGAUGACAUCUUUUAUUAAAUGAUCAUGAUAUUCAAAAGUUUUUCUUGCCCAUUAAAAAUAUUUUAAAUGCUUUUUUUGUCAUCAGCCAAUGAGCAAUAAGUAAAGUCAAGCUUAAACUUAAAGAGACUGGAUGGAGGAUGACAUUUUAAACCACUUUAGUGUUCUAUCUAAUCCAUUUAUUUUCCUUUUACAAUUUCUACACUUUCAUAAACAUGACAGAACAAUUUUGAAGAUAAUGUCUUAUAAGAGGCAGCUGAACCCAGAAAUUUCCUUAUUUUUUGCAGUUCAGUGACAAUGUAAACUCUGGCAUGAUUGUAAAUGUUCUACCAUUUCAUUUUUGUAUAAAAUAAAUAUUAUAUAUAUAUAUAUUCAAAAUGUGUACUUGCCCACUCUAGCUGGGCGAGUGAAAAUCGAAUUGGGGAGACUAGUGAACGAAAGUUAGUAAAUAAUAUAUAUAUAGACACUCUUUAUAUAGAAGCCAUGCAUACAGACAACUAUGUUAAUUAGGCUACAAAUAUUUUUGCAAUUGUGUUUUUGUCAUUUCUGUAUGAGCUCAACCAUGAAAAUUAAACAAGCAAAAAGA